AUGGCGAUGCUGCCUGUAACCCUGCACCUAGGAAGCGACAUAAUGGCGAUGCUGCCUGUAACCCCUGCUGCUGCUGCUGCUGCUUCUGCUGCAGCAGCAGCAGCAGCAGCAGCAGCAGCAGGAGGAGGAGAUGAGGUUCGAGUGUCUCCUGCUGCUGGAUGCUUGGGGGUGCUGCAGCGGCGGCAGCUGCUGCUGCAGCAGCACCUUAAGAAAGUAGAUAAAGAUAUUGCUGCUGCUCGUUUGCUGCUGGGUGAGGGGGGAGAGGCUCUAUGGACAGCAGCAGCAGCAGCAGCAGCAGGAGCAGCAGCAGGAGAAGGAGGAAGAGACAGUCCUGCUGCUGCAGCAGCAGCAGCAGCAGCAGACACAGCAGCAGCACCAGCACCAGCAGCAGCAGCAGCAGCAGCAGCAGCAGCAAAAGGCAGCACAGUGAAUAUAACUGCUGACGGCUUCAUAGAGAUCCGAGAAGAGCUCCUAGAGGGGGCUGACGAAGACACGGCCUUUCCCCCAUACACACAGCUAGCUCCUGCUGCUGCUGCUGCUCCUGCUGCUGCUGCUGCUGCUGCUGCUGCUGAUGCUGAUGAUGAUGAUGAUGAUGAUGAUGAUGGUGGUGGUGGUGGUGGUACUGCUGCUGCUGGUGGUGGUGGUGCGGUUGCUGCAGCUGGUGGCGUUAAAAAACAGCAGCAACAGCAGCAGCAACAGCAGCAGCAACAGCAGCAGCAACUGCAGCAGAAACAGCAGCAGCAACAGCAGCAGAAACAGCAACAGCAGCAACUGCAGCAGCAACAGCAGCAGCAACAGCAACAGAAACAGCAGCAGCAGCAACUGCAGCAGCAGCAACAAAAAGACACGCCUGCACCUUCAAGGAGGCAGCCAGCUGCUUCACUUCACAGCAGCAGCAGCAGCAACAGCAGCAGCAGCAGAAGCAGCAGCAGCAGCAACGACGGCUGGAGCGCAGCAGCAGCAGCAGCAGAAACAGCAGCAGCAGCAGCAGCAGCAAGGACGGCUGGGUGGGCGGCGUCCGGGAUGUUAUAG